ACGGUCUAAUAUAGGUGGACUAAAAGGUGAUGCGAUGAACGGGAUAACCCGUGGCUAUCGUGGAUCAUGCUGGUAUCUCGAGGGUUCCCUCCGAUGAUGCUGGACUUACAUAAAGAACGUCUCGUCUCGACGAGCUCUAUUGAACAAUCCGACAUCAGACUGCAUAGACUGCAUACUGCAACAAUUUCACCGGCGUCACUAUCUCGGCUCAGUAACUCUUUGACACUAUCGACUUGUCUUGAGAAGAAUGUCUAGUUCGCCCACAAUAAGAGUCGCCAUCAUAGGAGGCGGCUUGGUUGGCGCCGCCGUUCUGCGUGGCCUUCUGCGGUAUCCUCACAUUGCCGUGGACUUGUACGAAUCGCGCCCUGCAUUCAGAGAUGAAGGACCGGGGCUCACACUUAAUACCAAGAUGCAGGCGAUGUUGGCUGCUAUCGACCCAGAGUUAGAGCGGUGUCUCGACCGCGCCGGCGCCGUCCUUACCACGCCUGUGAUACGAAUGGCUGCAGGCCCCCACUCGGGGAGGCAGAUAGAGGUCAACGGUCACGGACCAAGGUGCAAGAAGAACGUCAGCCGCCAAGCCUUCUUGACAGAGAUGCUCAACGGUGUGCCGCCUCAGAUGAUACACCUCGGCGCGCGGAUAACGUCCGUCACGGAUUCUGCCUGCGGACAUGGGCUGCUCAUGACCUUCGCGGACGGGACGCAUCUCACGUACGACAUCGUCAUCGGCGCCGAUGGCAUCCACGGCUUUACGCGGCGCCUGAUUUUCGGCGCCGACGAAUCCCUGAUAAAACCGCGCCCCACCGGAUUCUGGAGCUUGCCGGUCAAGGUGCCCCUGCUGAGGGCACAGCACGCCAUGGGCGCGCAGCACUUGGAUCCGAUGAACCCAAUACAAGGGGGCUUCAUCGGAGACGGAUGGAGCAUGAUAUACAACCUUCUGGAUAACGGCAGCGAAGUCGAGAUCGUCGUGUGCGGCAAGACGGAAGAAAGAGGAGGGGAGGAAGAUGGGCAGAGCGGAGCCCAAUGGGCAACAUUAUUCACCCCCGACGAAUUCCAGGAGUUGUUUGCCAGUAACCAGAUCCCCGUAGUCCAGGGCAUGGUCGACCUCAUCCAAAGCGUCUACACCGUCCAAGUAGCAGCGAUAUGCCAGCUAGAGCACCGGCCAGCACCAACCUACGUAACCAAAAACACCUGCCUGAUCGGCGACACAGCAUACAGCAUGCCGCCCUUCCAAAGCGCCAGCAUCGGCAUCGCCAUCGAAGAGGCGCUGAUCCUGACCACGCUUCUCGCGCGCCUGCCCUCGCGCGCGGGUAUCCCCGCCGCCCUGCAAGCGUACGACCAAGUCUGCCGCCCGCGCGCCGAGCGCGCCGCGCGUUCGAGCGCCGAGACGGGGACCCUGGUCACGGGACGUGCGGCGGGCGUUGGGUUGAACGCGGAUGUGCUGCAGAUUCAGAUGAGGAGUAAGUUUGAUUUUCUGCUCGAGGGCGAUAGCGAUACGCAUCGCGCUACGGCGAGCUUGAUUAUGGAUCAUUUGCUUGCGGCUGGGGAGUCGGCGGAGUAGGACUUUAGACCGGGGUUGUGGAUAAGACGGAUUACGUAUGGACCUUGGACUUCAACCCCAAGGACUGCGUUUUGCUGUAUGCGGGUUCUCUGCGUACUUGGAUACCUAGAAGAAUACUUUCUUUGCUUCAACUAUCGUGCAUAGCGAUUGGGUCGGUUGUCAUUGGCUGGGGCGUAUAUACGUGGAAAAGAGAUCUCCAUUCGUUGAAUUUAGGUAUUGGUAGCUAUUUUGAGAUACUCUUUUAUCAAUAGUCCUACUUCUUGGAAAAAUAUUCGCGAUCCCUUGUACUGUGGCCGUUAAAACUCUUAGGACUUACCUGGGUAGGUGGAAAUAACUCGGUAAUCUCAUCACUGUUUAGGUAGGUAGUCUGGUCACUACAUACGAUUGACUCAAAGAUGAAUAUUUGGAAUUACGAUGAUCAUCU